UCUGCCAGUUUCGUCACUCCUGUGAAAAGUAACUCGGGGACCACCCUCACAUCCACUGCCCUCACCGCUCUGCACGGAGAGAACAAUCCCGCUCCCCUUCUCAGUCAAAAGGGGGUCACCGCCAUCACUAGGCCACCUCUAGCCAAUUCAGCUGUACAUAGUUUUGAUUCUGUUCUCUUUGGUUCCCAUGGUAACUUUUCAGCAGUAGAGUUGCGUUCUCCUCUUGUUUUACCUUCUCAGCAGCACGGUCUGCCAAGUUCCAGUUAUUCGUUGUGUUCUUCAGCCGUCUCUCCUUUAAGACCGGUUUCUCAGCUUAAUCCUAUUAGCGUGGACAGAUUCCAGCAUGAAGUCAGACAAAGUUGCACACGUGGUCCAAGGCCUUCGCGCUGGUUUUCACCUAGGCUUCAAUUACAGUACUUCCUUGAAGUCAGCAACAGGGAAUAUGGCUUCUGCACUCCUAAACCCUCAGGUCGUCGAAAAUUACUUGCAAUCACACAGGCAAGGUGGCGGGCCCCUUUCCUCAGCCUCCCCCCCCCCCUGUCCUCCAUGUGAGCCGUUUAGGUGUCAUCCCCAAACCGGGGAAAUAUCCUGGACCUGUCUAGCCCUGCUGGCCACAGUGUCAACGACAGGAUUGCAGGCGAGAAUUAUCCUCUGCAGUAAAUGAAAGUACACGACAUUGUGGGCAUAAUGUGGCUGGGGCGGGGUUCCCUUACGGCAAAAAUUGAUGUGCACAAUGCAUACCGCAUUGUCCCAGUCCAUACAGAAGAUCGCCAGUUGCUGGGUAUGAAAUGGCAGGGUGCCUUUUAUGUCGAUAUGGUCCAACCUUUCGGUGUCACGUCAGCUUCAUAUAUGUUCACAUUUAUAGCAGAUUUAGUGGAGUGAGUGGCCAAGCAACACUAUGAUGUCACCUUCCUGAUGCAUUACCUUGGUGACUUCCACACUCUUGGCCCUCCUAGCUCCUUGGUCUGUCAUCACAAUCUGGGCAGGUCUAUUGACGGUUUUUCUAAGCUUGGCAUCCCCCUCCAUCCAGACAAACUAGAAGGGCCGUUGAGGAUAACUGCCUUCUUGGAGGAUUGGUCUUAGAAGCAUUAGUGUAGAGGCAAGGAAGUGGAUUCUCUAAUAGGUCACCUUCAGCGUGCCUGGAAGGUCGUACCCCAAGGUCGCUCGUUCUUGCGCCAAAUGAUCAACCUGCUAUGCGCUUUUCGACACGAUGACCACCUAAUUCGUCUCAAUCAGGAGAUUUUUGUUGACCUAGCCUGGUGGCGAGAGUAUUUCCAGUCUUAGAAUGGUUGCAGCUUCCUUCAGUACCCCCAGUUGGCUCCACUCCCCGACUUCGAGGUUUCUUCAGAUGCCUCUCGGACUCUUGCUCACGGAGUAGUCUUCCAGGGUCACUGGUUUUCAGGCGCAUGGCUCCCAACACAGGUCUCUCAGUCAAUCGAGUACAAGGAACUUUUCCUUAUUGUUGUGGCAGCUUACCUCUGGGGUCCCCUAUGGGCCUCCAAACGGGUCAACUUCCUAUCACAUAACUGCUCAGUGGUGAAAAUCCUGCUGUCUGGUACUUCAAGAGCCCCUACCAUCGUGUCCUUGGUUCGGUAUCUGUUCCUUUUGGCAGCUCGUCAAUCCGUCUCUUUCACUGCCUCCUCAGUUAGAAGUAAGUCUAACCCGAUCGCCGACUCCCUGUCUCACUUUCAGUUUCAGCGUUUUUGUCGGCUAGCCCUUCAUGCAGACUCCAUUCCGAACCAGAUUCCGCAGCAGCACCUCUCGGACUUAAAACUUUGCUGUCAGAUAAAUGCCACUUCUACUUGACUCAGGGUCUUGGCCCUUCUACUAGGAAAGUUUAUGCUUUUGCCCAACACUGCUUCUUGGAUUUCUGUACUCAGGACAGUAGCCCAUCUCCUUUGGGAUCAGCUCUUCCAGCCAGUAAAGACGUGCUUAUUCAUUUCUGCUGUCAUCUUGCCGAUACUCUCUACUAUUCGUCAAUAAAGGUUUACCUUUCGGCAAUCCGGUCCCUUCACAUCGAGGAGGGUCUGCCUUCUCCACUGGUUGAUUGCCUUCAGUUACAGCGUGUGUUGCGCGAGGUAUCAAACGCCACCAAGGCUCAAAUAGGUGUCAGCGGCAACCCAUUACAAUCAAGCUGAUGCACAUUAUCUACCAGUCCUUGAACUUCUCUGACUACAACCAUACAAUGCUUGGGACUGCCUGCUGUCUCGGGUUGGUUAACCUUUGUUAGGGGGCUUAUGUACGUGCUGAAGCUGCUGAGUGGGCUGUGUUGCUGAAUUUCAAACGGUUACAUCCGAUGUUAUAUGCCUAGGCACCUGUAGCAGAAGCAAGGAUGCUAGGGUUGGCUAAACUUGUCUGACAGGAUCCUUCUCAUUUUCGAGCUACUUGGUACACCUUCAGCCUCGCCGUUGCUUCUUCACUUCCAUCUAUCUGUUCUUUCUUAAGUUUUCCUGUGUCACUUCUUAUUCGAUCCUCAUAGUUUCGGCCCUGAGUUGUGCCUCGAUCUUCGCAAUUCCCUUCCAACGUUUUGCUUCUUAUCGAGGAGCGUUAAGUUUAGCUUCCUUUGCAACCAACUCCGCAAUAGCAUCGGCUUUCCUUAGCUCGAUUAGUGAAGAUACUCUUAUGGACUUACUGACCCUUGAUUGACCUGAGAUAAUGGAUCUACUUACGUCACACAGCAUGACAAUCGUCAGACUGUUUCAGUUGAUGUUCCGAGUUCUUGUUAAUGUAUAACGCACCCAUCUUCUGGCAAAUUUCUUGUCCUGGAGCCUGAACCUUCUGUACGCGCACUUUGCUAUCCUUUCAAGAGUACACUUUCACAAUCCUUCCCAACGGAGACGAUGACUGUCUCUGAUCUUCAAGUCUACUUGAUCCAUAGGCCUUUUGCUCCUUGCACUUAAACAGGGGAUCCAUUCAUGUAACCACCUGUGCCAGAAGUAGCAAACAAAUUCUUGGACACCACGCCAUCUCUUUGUUGGGUUAAGUGUUCCAGUGUAAACAUUAUUAGGUGCAAAUCUACCUCCCAACUGUUCUUGCAAGAAAUGAUUAGGGGUAAGAGGGGUCAGAUCCGUUGGGUCACUUGACUAGUACGUUGUAGGCCUACCUAAUUAACUCUUCUGCUCCUACACCUGCACUCUGGAUUUCCUCAUCCGUGAUAUCUGCAGAGCUAAGGAUAGAAUAAAUACGUAAAAUUCCGAAAAUAAGCCCCGGGGCUUACAUUUUUGAAAAGCCCUUUUUGAGGGGCUUAUCUACGGAGGGAAGUUUGCGUUUCAAAAUCGAUUGGGCUAGCCUUACAGUUGGAAGUAAAUUUACCAUUUUUGCUUUGUUUUUUAUUUGCAUUACUGGUUUGGGGGCCUUAUAUUUGGAGGGGCUUAUACAUGGAUUGGUUCAUUUUCGGAAAUUUACGGUAGCUUUCUUCGCAGCCUUGAUCGCAAUCUCAUGUACACUGCUGAAGUAGGGGUCAAGAGGAGGUUUAACGUGCCAAGUUACUCCUAAACUGUAGAGUUCUGAAUCUUCUUUUGGUCCAAGGCUUCCAAUUCCUUCAACUCAUUUCGCAUAAAAUGUCUUUUGGUAGACCAUGCCAGGACACCAUUCGGGAUGAAUACAUUUAGAAAUAAGUCAGUAUUAAGGCUAAAUGGUACAUCGAGAUGAACAGCUCAUGUCGUAAGGCAAGUUAAUAGUCAACGAUAUCUCUUCUGAUGGGUCUUUCGUCUUCCUUGUUUGGUAAUAAAGGGUCCAGCAGAUAUGUGGCUGAAAGCUUGUAACUAUAUCCAGAUUCGCAGUUCUGGUAAAGGGGCCAAUAUGUUUUUGGCUGGAGCGGCCUUUCUUCUUUUGCAAUGCAUACAAUCUCUUUCCCAUUCUUUAAUUGCCUCUCUCGCCGAGAUUAUACAAUAAUGAGCAGAAAGGUCUGCUAACACCUGAUUGGAUCCACCAUGAUGAUCCUGUUCGUGCAUAUACUUGAUUAUGAGUCUCAUAACCCAGUGGUGGCGCGGUAGUAUGAUUGAAUAAAGUCUCCCAUGGCAAAAAUACUACAUAGCGAAGCCAUCCAUCACAUAAGACAAUUCCAUCCUCAAUUAUACAGGAUUUAGGGCCGGGGCUGUAAUCUACUUCCGUUUUUGGCAGUUCUUUCCGGCCUGUACUACUCUGCGUUCUUCAUGCAAUUCCUGCUGAGCCUGACGGAUAAAUCGUGUGCCUGCAGAGGUGAUUUCACCAGGUUGUAUAGUUUCUUUCCUGUGAAUGUUAACUGGCAAACGGCAGUUUUGUACAAAAUGGGUAACCCAGGCGGCUGCUCUUCUGAGCUUGAAUAUCUGUGAGGGUCUAAGCGUUGCUCCAUAGUUGCGCAAAUAGACAUCUGUUCUUGCUACAGUUUCUGGACGUUGCCGUCUGUCUCUUUCAACUUACAUUUCCAUCCUUGGCCAGUCAGACAGGUUAUGCUUCAGAAUGGUCGCCCUUCCCACCACACUUCUUUUUCAGUGACAGCUUAGACACUAAGUCCCCUCGUCAGCAAAUUAGCUGGAUUCUCUUUUGUCAAAACGUGUCAAGGCUUGGAUUUCACCAACACGAUUUCCUACAAACGGUUUGAAACUUUUGUUCUGUCCAUGAACCCAGUAAAUUACGUCCAUGCUGUCGGACCAAAACAUCCAAUGUUCUUUCUGACAGCUUGCAAUGGUGAACACGUGAUCUCGACGCCACAAGGUAAUACCUAACAGUUCCAUACUCAUAGAAAUGUCUGGUGUAACUAGCUGCACCGUACGCUUGUUGGGACACAUCCACAAAGGUGUGCAAGGUCAUUUUUUUGACAGCGGCUGUUCUCCUUAGGCAUUAGGAAAUAAGAAUGUUAACCACUGCGGGUAACUCUUGAAACCACCUAGCAGCUUUAAGUGAAAGGUUGUCAUUUAUAGGCUGAUCCCAGUCCACGCUGCUUGCCCACAUCUCUUGUAAAAGAAUCUUUGCACCCAUAGUGUACGUAGUUAACAAGCCAAGAGGAUCAAACAGGGUCGCUAACUUCUUCAGGAAGAUGCGUUUUGUGUGAUCUUGCUUCUAAGGACGCUGAUUAAUUUGAACAUCAAACAUGACUUCCAUGGGGCACCAGGACUCCCAAGGUUUUAACAGGCAGUAGUUCACCAAGGUCAAGAUCAACUUCCCUCGGGAUGCACUUUAACAAGGAAGGGUGGCCUCGUUGUUGAGAACACUCACCUUUCACCAAUAUGGCCCAGGUUCAAAUCCCAGCUUCAAAGCCAUAUAUGGGUUGAGUUUGUUGUUGGUUCAAUCUCUUGCUACGAGAGAUUUUUCUCCGUGCAUUCCGGUUUUCCCCUCUCCUCAAAACCCAACACUUCCAAAUUCCAAUUCGAUCUGGAACACACAGACAUGUUUAAACAAGUUCAUAAGAAUUCCUACUUGCUUCGUGGGGUAAACAAAUUACAAAAAGAUUACAAAUUCUUUCAGGUUCAUUUGACAACCACUUUCUAACAUUUAUUUCAGCAAAGCCCCAGAGCUGUCACAGCUGACUAAUCAACUCCACCCCAGUCUUUACAUCAGGUACGCAAUCCACGCUGUCAUCCAUGUACCUACUCUUAAAAAUUGCCUCACCUGCUAAGGGCACGUCUGACUGAGGUCUCCUGGCAUCUUCUUCAGCCACAAACUGAGCUUCAAAAGUAGACGAUUUCACUCCAAAUACAACAUGGUCAAUCUGAAACACAUCAGGCUCCCUGUCUCUCCAAGUUCCGCCGCAAGAAAUGUUUAUAAGGUUGAUCUUCAGGUUUCAAAUUAAUUUGUAGUUACACCUCUUUGAUGUCACACAUCAAAGCCCCAGGUUUAUGGCGAAAUCUGAGAAGCACCGCGAACAAGUCGCUCUGUAGCUUAGGCCUUGUAGCACAAUGUCAUUUAAGGACAGCCCAUUACACUUUGGAGAAGAGUUUAAAACUUGCUCGUCGCUUUAUCUGGCCUCGGCAAUGGAAAGUGGGGCAGGUACCAGGCUUGUUCAGGCUUAUCUUCUCCAGGUGGAACUUAGCUGAUGUACCCUUUUAUCUUGGUAGGUCUGCAAUACUUCUUUGUAAGCUUCACCACGUUUCGGGGACUGCUUUUAGUUUUCCCAAAGUACUCUGUAGACGCUGCAACGCCAAACUGUAAUUGUCAAGUAAUAAAGUUCUGCCACUUUUCCAAGGCAUGCCAACAACACAGUGUCCAUCAACGAACUUCAAGGACUUAGCAACAGUGUCACUUGCUAACUUGUCAUGUGGAUUGACCAUCAGAGUCUCUUUAGGUUCUUCUGUAUACCAAUAAAAAGGAACAAGAUUGGCUAACUCAUGUGUAUCACUCAGGAAUGAAUGAAAUUGGUCUGAUAUCUCUCUAUGGCCAGCUCCAGGUUACCAAUGCAGUCCACCCCAAGGGAGCACGUCUAGCUAUGGGUAUACCAGGUCGUCCUCUCACAUCUUCCAACAAGUAUACUAAGUCAGCUUGGUCUACACCAAUGAGCAGGUAUAGUAUGGCACUACGGAUCUAGGUCCUACAUGAGCGAACUUGAGGCCCUUUAGGUGCACCCACUUAUGCUUGUGUUUACUCCAAUCAACUAAUUGCAUGUUUCCUAUGACUCUCUCAGCUGUAUAGGCAGAGGCUACUUUAGAAACUUUUCCAUCAGAACUGCUAAUCAUGAACUCAACAACUGUACUGUCCAACUUUACAUGAUUGUCAUCCAGUACACUAACUGUACGUUCGUGCGGGUUGCCCUCAAAUCCGAGUUCUGCUGCAAUGUACCUGUCUAAGUACGUUCUACUGCUGGAAUUGUCAAGAAGAGCAUUUACUUUGAUUCCUCGUUUUCACAUAAGACAGGGACUGUUCUAA